AUGGAUUUGCAGCCGCGGACUCCCAGAAGACGGGAAGGAGAGAUUUUGUCGUACCGGCAUACGUUGGCCAUAGCUGGCCUGAGCGUCGCUGCUGGGAACGGCGACGAUGUUAAACCUGCUUCAAUAUCCCUCCACGAGUCUGCACUUUACAAACAUCCUGUCCCAGUUGUCUUGCCUGCGCUGGAACAGACUCGCCAAAAGUGGGAGCGCGAUCGAGUGUGCCAAUCGAUCAAGUAUGGCGGAUCUUACCAACCUUCCACUUCCAAAGCGCGCUUCACGGUGGAUUUGCCCUUCGGAUCUCAAAACCGCAAGUAUUGCUUUGAUGCCAAAGUGGAUCCGACCAAAAGCGUUCUGGCUUCUCAGAUUGCCAAGGAGCAGCAGCAAGCGAAAGAGGAAGAGCGAAAGAUGACCAGGCGGAACUCGCUGAUGAAGAUGAUGGGUGGAGCCCCGGGCGUGCAGGAAGCCCCGGAUCCUGCCAAGCGACAUCGCAUCGUCGAAAAGCUGAUCGGUAGAAACAAAUUCCAACAAGACACCCUGGAAAAGAUCUGGGAGGAGUUGGAGCAGGCACCGGCUGUGCCGUCUGGGAGAGCCAUCGCUCUCAAGAUGAUGCACAAAGUUAAAGCCGCCUCGGGUUGCCCGUCGAGCCUGGAAGCCCCGAUCUUCAACUGGAUGCGGAGCAAGUUUAAGCAAGCGGUGAAGGCGAACCCGUCCAUUGAGCCAGUGAACAAGGAAAGCUUCUUGGAGUUCUGCAAGUUUGCUGGCCUCCUGCUCGAGUACGAGACACAUGAGGAAGAGAGACGCCAAAGCUACCAAGCAAUUCCUGAAGAGUUGGUUUUGGUGAACGACUAG